GGCGGAGCGGCAGGCGGUAGUUGUGGAGAGCGACAAACCUCCGUAGGUUCGGCGGGGAGUGUGGCGGAGGUUGCUGGCCAGCCCUGCGGACCUGGCUGGUGCGAGGUGCGAGUCCUUGGCCGGCGAUGGCGCCGAGCGCGAGCGCCCCGGGGUAGCGAGGGCGAGGCUGCGUGGCCCCGAGCGCGCCGUAGUCCUACCCUGGCGUCGGCUCCGCCGAACUUGUGCAGCUAUGGGGCUCCUUCGGCUGGUGGCGCUGGCGGCGCUGACCUCGCAACCCGGGGUGGCUGGUGGAGCCGAGACCGUCGGGAACUCCAGCGUGGGUAUUACUGAGUUUUCUGUGGGGAAAUUUAGGUACUUCAAGCUCAGCAACCCCUUUCCAGAAGAAGCUGUUUUGCGUAAUAUUUCCAGCAAUGUGACUUUUCUUAUUUUCCAAAUACAUUCACAGUAUCAGAAUACAACAAUUUCUUUUUCCAAGACUUUCCUUCCCAGUACCUCGGCAAAAGGCACUGACAAAGGGCUGGUUUUCAUUCUUAGACCAGAGCAGAGUAUGUGCUUUUGGUAUAUGGAGGCUUUAGACGCUGAACCUGUCCAAAAUGUGGCCGUCCCACUCUCCUACUCAGAAAGAGAUCCUGUGCCUGGAGGCUGUAAUUUGGAAUUUGACUUAGAUAUUGAUCCCAACAUUUACCUGGAGUAUGAUUUCUUCGAAACAACCAUCAAAUUUGCCCCAGCAAACCUAGGCUAUGCGAGAGGCACAGAAUCUCCGCCAUGUGACAUCAGGACGGGACAGGACACUAGGUGGAGAUUGCAGUAUGACGUCUAUCAGUAUUUUCUGCCUGAGAAUGACCUCACCGAGGAGGCGUUGCUGACGCAUCUGCAGAGGAUGGCCGAAGUGCCUCACGUGACAGCAAACGCUAUUAAGGUGGUUACUCUGACAGCUAAUGAUAAGACAAGUGUUUCCUUCUCCUCCCUCCGGGGACAAGGCGUCAUUUAUAAUGUCAUUGUUUGGGACCCGGUUCUCAAUACGUCUGCUGCGUAUGUUCCUGCUCACACAUAUGCUUGCAGCUUUGAGGCGAUGGAGGGCAGUUGUUCUUCUCUUGGAAGAGCAUCUACCAAAGUGUUUUUCACUCUUUUUGCCCUGCUUGGUUUCUUCAUUUGUUUCUUCGGACACAGAUUUUGGAAAACAGAAUUAUUCUUCAUAGGCUUUAUCUUCGUGGGAUUCUUCUUUUAUAUACUGAUUACAAGACUGACACCUAUUAGGUAUGAUGUUCGUCUGAUUCUGACAGCAGUCGCUGGAAGCAUCGGUGGGAUUUUCUUGGUAGCUGCUUGGUGGCGAUUUGGAAUCCUCAUGCUGUGCAUGCUGUGUGUUGGACUAGUGCUGGGCUUCCUCAUCUCCGCAGUGACUUUCUUCACUCCAUUGGGAAACCUAACGAUAUUUAGUAAUGAUGAUGUGUUCUGGGUGACCUUCUCUGGUAUAGCUGUUCUCAUUCCAGUAGUUUUCAUGAGCUGCCUAAGAAUGCUGAACAUACUGGCCUGUGGACUCGUUGGCUCCUAUUCGGUGGUCUUGGCCGUUGACAGUUACAUGUAUACAAGCCUUUCUUACAUCACUUUGAAUGUACUCAAGAGAGCACUCAGCACUCGUUUCCGCAGCACUUUCACAAAGGUGCCCUUUCAAACUAAUGACUUUAUUAUCCUGGCAGUAUGGGGUAUGCUGGCUGUAAGUGGAAUUACGUUACAGAUUCGAAGAGAAAGAGGACGACCGGCUUUCCCUCCCCACCCAUACAAGUUAUGGAAACGAGAGAGGGAGCGCAGAGUAACCAACAUCCUGGAUCCCAGCUACCACAUCCCUCCACUGAGAGACAGGCUGUACGGCCGAUUAGCCCAGAUCAGAGAGCUCUUCCAGAGGGAACAGCCAGCCGGAGAGAGAACACCCCUGCUUCUGUAGAUGCCACCGGGCACGGUCAGUGGGAUCCAACAGUACACCCCAGGCACCGCCUCGGCUUGGGUGCUUGCGCCCAGCCUGCUUCAGCCAUCUCCAGUCAAGUCUAAUGAGAACAUAGGCUUCUGUACUGUGUGUGUGGUGUCUUUUCUGAUGUGUGGUAGGGCUACGCAAGGAGAUUAUGGUAAUUCUGAGUGAAAAAGAUGACCAAAAAAUUGGUAGUAGGGAGGCUUUUUCUUAUUCCAAAAUACUUAAGAAAUUACCUUUGGCAUACAUGAACAACUUACAACUUCCUGAGCAAUUCUCUCACCUGAGUCUGUAAACCUGGGGGCAGGAGCACAGAGGGUGAUUUGAUUUAAGUGUUAGACUGAACUUUUGGCCACUGUUUAGAGGUUUAGGGAUUUAAUACUGGGGUCUUUGAACUUCAGAGUACAAAAAGAAGGAGAACUAACUUAAAAGCGGUCUGGUCACUUAGUUGUGUCUUUCACAGUAUCAUAUAUUACCAAAAGUACUAUUCUUUUGCCUAUUUUUGUGAUAAACAUUUACCAUAUCAAUCAUUUUAAGUACAUAGUUCAGUACUUUUUGUUUUUUGUCUUUUAUUGCUUAAAAUGGUAAUUUAAAAAGCUAAAUUAUUUCAGUUAUUUGAAAGUUAAGUCAAAUUUAUAUAAAUAACAGAAAUUAUCUAUGUAUGAUUUAUUUAUAUUCUAAAUAAUAGCCUUUUUUUCUUUCAAGACCCUUUAAAAUAGUGUUGACAGCUAGUCUCUGACUUAAAUCGUAUUAGAUGAUGUAUGAAUUGUUGUGUUUUUAGGAAAAAAUGACUCCUACCUUAAUCUGUAGUCCCAUUCAUAAGGAAAUCUUUUAAAAACUUGCAUUUUGUAAUUCUUCCUGCCAAGUUAGUUAUUGUAUUGAUGUAAAACACUAGUUCAAAAACUGUCUCUUCUGUAUGAAGCCUUUAUACCAUCUGUGUUUUAAAGUGAUUAGGAAAUCGAAAAAUAUUCAGGUGUUUAAUAGAGCUGUUUUUUGAGUUAGGACCUUGGCAUUUUAAGGAGAAUGAAUCCCUUCAGUUUUGACCCCUUUCUAUCCACUAACAAAGUAGCCGGGUGCCCCGGGCUGCUCGCCUGCUCCUUGUCCCUUACCUGUCAGAGCCUCUGCCGCCGGCUCUGGCUUCGACUCGAAGCUGGUGACCCUGACAUGUCUGAUGGCGGGUGCUUGUGGUCAUGUGGGCAUUUGUAAGUUAACCACUAUAUGAAACGAUGCUGCUUUUCAGAGUUUUUUCAAAGCACAAUAGAUUUCUGAAGGUUCAGGUAACAAAAUUUUUCAACAUUUGCUUUUAAAAGUGUUUUGGAAAGGCUGAAACAAAUUGAAAACUAGGAAACGAAUUGUUUUGCUUUGAAAAAUUAGACACAGGUGUUCAUUUACUAUUUAUUCUGUAAUCCACAGUUUAUAUCAUUGCAGUAACACUUAAACUUGAAGGAAAAAAAUCUUUGUUAUCAUUUACUGAAGGAUUCUGGCUUCUGCCAUAUCUUCGUACAUUCCAACAAAGUUAUGUGGAAUAUUUGUGAGUUAUUUUCUCAACCAUCAAAAUGCACUGCCAGUGAAGAUUGUAAAGAAAAAACACACUUUUAUGGAGGGGGAUACAAAAUGUUAAGAAAGUUUUAUGGUAAUUUGUGAGUAACAAAGAGCAAGUUUGUACAAUUUUUUAAUAAUAAAUUCCUAUUUUGAAAAGA